AAAAGUUCCUCGUGACGUCGGCGAUCUCGCGACGAAAAGAAAUAGAAGAAAUAGAAGAAAUAGAGAAAGGAAAGUUUAAUGUCAGGCCACGUUUGGCGUUCGACGAAUAGAGGCGAUUUGCUUAGAAGACGUUAAAGGGAAAGACGAUUUCGUGAGAUACGAGCGGAGUAACAGUCGGCGCAAUGCCAAAAGGAAGGAUCGAUGGUGUUCCUAUGGUUGCAAGGCGUGCAUAAAUCUUUCGAACGUUCGAGACAAGGGCAACGAUAAAUACGACGCGAUUGGUCCUUCGUGUUCUCUCAUUCUCCUCGUUUUCUUUUCUCCUAUCUUACGGAGUCUCUACACGGUCUCUGUAGACUCUGUAAAAGAAAAAGAAAAAAAAAAGAAAAAGGGAGAAGACAUGUUAAUUGAAAUAGGACGGAGCUAAUUUGCUCGGGGAUGAAUAUAGUGAUCAACGAAUCGCAUCCCAGUUGAGUCCAACCUACAAUUUCGGAAGCAUACCCAUCGAAUCUGACAAACGAAACCACACACGACCAACCGAACAUGUGGCGAACGUCCUACUGUACAUACCUCCUGUUAGGUUUAUUAUACCUAACAACGUUGCAAAGUGCAACGGCGUGUAGCUGCCAGAAAGUACAUCCUCAAACACAGUUUUGCAGAGCAGACUUCGUUGCAGUCGUAAGGAUAAAAUUGAUCGUUCACGUUAACGAAGAGAGGCUGGAAUACAAAGUGAAGAUCAACAGAGUUUUCAAGUCAACUCCAAAGGCAGAAGUUGCCUUGAGGGAGAAUACCCUUUGGACGCUCGGCUACGAUUCACUUUGCGGUGUAACGCAUUUACUUGUGGGCAAAACUUACGUCGUCAGCGGAACAGUGAGCGAAGGGAAAGCAAGAAUAUCAAUUUGCGAUCUCGCGAUUCUCUGGUCCGAAGUACCCGUCGGACAACGAAAAGGAUUCAGGCUGCUUUAUCAUCGUGGAUGCGUUUGCGAAACGACCUUCACGCCAUGGUGGCGCAAAGGUGCGGUUCUGGAAUCAACCGGUGGAAAGCAUUGUCUGUGGGAAAGCUCUCCUGGUCCACAGGAUUGUCAAGAAAAAUAUGGAGUCUGCAAGAAAGGUCCCAAUGGUUGCACCUGGACACCGUCGGUUCCGUACAAGAAUUGCAUCAAGGAGUAUCAACGAAAACGCGAGCAGGAAAGAUUAAAGGAACCUUAACGAAAUUCUUUCCUUCCUCACCCUUCCCUUCCCUCCCCAGCCACGCCUCGUCCCGUCCCGUCCCUCUCCAACCCUCCUCUUUUCAUUUUGUUUCGCGAGAGGAAAACAAGAACGAAUAGACAAAUCUUGAAAAUCAAAAUUGGACAAAUCUUAAUACCUGAUUCAAUAUCGAGAUUGCUCUUGGAAGUAAUCGAAAUUGAAAAUUGAAUGGAUAUUUGCGAAUCGAUAAACGAGUGUAACGAGGAAAAAUAGUCCUAUUAAUGUAACUUCCUAUAUAAAGUUGCUUAUUAGAGAGAACGAGCAUGCUCAUACGAUAUUUGUAUGAGUAUGAUUAGUAAAUAAGUGAUAUAUGUAUGACAACGUAUACGUUUUUUACUCGUUUUUUAUUGUUUCUUUCUUCGUUUUUUUACCACGAUAAGAAGAUCUUUCGAUAUACAAGAACAAAAUUCUAAUAAACGUUCGAGGUAGAAAAGCGAUCGCGAUCGCUUCAAAAACGAUUGAAAAUUAUCAAUCGUUCGUUGCACUCGAUGUCCGGCAUACGUUCUAUCGUUCAUUAAGUUAUCAAUAAUUCGAUUGUUCGGUUCGAUUAAUUGCGAAGAGUUUGUAUCCAACCGUGCGAGCGGUUGGGGGUGAUCGAUCGAUUACGUACGUUCGCUCGAACCUGAGCGGUGAUUCAUUUUUCGAAUGGAACGAGUGUAAAAAAGGAAAAUUGUAAAGGAAUUUCUCUUGCGAUAAUUACUCUUGCGCAUAGAUUGUAUAUAAUUUCUCUUUCUUUUCUCUGUCUUAGCAUGUAAUGUAUAUUGUAAAUCUAUAAGUUAUUUUCUUGCUCGUACUACGCGUAGAUUUUAGUCGAACUCUUUUUUUAAUCCGCAUUUCAUUCGAUAUAUAUCUUCUUUUAUAAUAAUCUGCCUUUCCAUUGUUAUUUAUUAAAUUUAUCCGCUCACGUUUUGUUUUCUAUUGAAAAAAAUAUCGAAAUUUUGGUCAUUUUGCUUUUCCCUUGAAAAGUAAAACGACCCUUUUGUGAGAAAAAUUACCCACCGUUUUGACAUGCUGGUCUUGACAUACAUAUAUACAUGUAUAGGAUUUUUAAAAAGAUAAAAAAGUAAAAUAGAAAGAGUAGAUCUUUAGGAGUCUCCUUUGGACUCUGCCUCGCGUUUCGUUGAUAGUGGCGAGAACCCCGUUUACGUGGGUUUGAAAUUUAGUACAAAAUAUUAAAACGUAUAUAGCGUAUGUAUAUUAUUAAUAUACUUUGCAUUUCGUAAAGCGAUUUUGUAACUACAGUUUACGUUUGUAAGUAUUAAAUCGUUUCGAUCGAUGAAUCGAAGAACUGUAACGAGAUAUGUAGUAUAUAAAUGUAUACAGAUACAUAUAAUACGCAUUAUACAUUAACCAUGCGAUCAACGGAAAAUAUGAAAAAUAAAUUUUUUUAUCCGAUA